AUGGCAGCCUUGGUCCUUCCAUUGGGGUUUUUAGGCCGAAGUUCUGGGGAUUCGCCAGGAUUUGGAGUGGUGUACCUCAUCGUCUUUGGGUCCUUUCACGUGCAGGCGCCAGGAGUGGUGCCACUUUGCGGCCGCAAGGGGGUGACGCCUGUGGCACACCUCUUAGCGCAGGCGAAGAAGGACUAUCCAGGAUUGAAGAAGGUGCUCUACUUCCCGACCUGGCUUUGGCUGAACGAUAGCGAUGCGGCCUUGCAACUAACUACUGCCAGCGGAAUUUUGGGUGGUCUGCUGGCCAUUUAUGGUGGCUUUGUGGGUUGGCUGGGUUUACUCUUGUCGCACGCGGCUCUCCAGUCCUUAGCUGUCACAGGAGAGUUCUGGUUCGUUUGGGACUACAUGGUUUUUGAGGCGGGUGCCCUGGUGCUGCUGCUUCCAAGCUCCCUGCCGUUGAGCGCUGGCCUGGGCGCCAGCCACUUGCCAGUGCCGUGUGUCGCCUUGGCCUGGCAGGUGCUGGCCAUACGACUCAUGUUGGGUUUUGCCAAGACCAAGUUUGGGGAGUCGGAUGUCUCCAAGGACAACCUUUUCUUGCAAGGCUUCUUCAUUUGGCAACUGCUGCCGAACCACUUGAGCUGGCACCUGCACCAUGCCCCACUGUGGCUGCUGCGGGCCUCCUAUGGCUUCAUGCUUUACGUGGAGGUGAUCCUGCCCUUCUGCGCUUUCUUCACUGGGCCCCCACGCUUCGUUGGGGCCUGGGGUCUCAUUGUGCUGAUGCUGGGGAUUUUUUUGACCGGCAACUGGGGGCAGUUCAACUUGGGCUACAUCGUGGUGUGCCUUGGACUGCUGGAUUUGCAUAUUUCCUACGCGAGCUUUUUCAGCCACAGCUGGUUGCUUCCUCCGGUGAUGUUGGUGUACCUCUUCAUCAGCUUGAUUUGUUGUGUGUUCGACACCUGGACCAACACCGCCUGGAUGUGGUUCACCUGGGAAAUCAUUCCCAUGUUCCAGCUACACAAUCUGCUAGGCCUGAUCCGAUUCCUAGCCCCCUUUCGGCUGAUCAACGCCUAUGGCGUCUUUCCACCAGAGGCCUUGCCACAGGUGAGAAGCACGGUGGUCUUCCAGGGCAGCGAUGAUGGUAGCCUGGGCUCACCGAAAGCGGUAGGUGGUCAUCCCUCUGUUUCAUCCCCAAUGGGUAUGGGGGGUGUUUACCAUCAAACUUUGGGGCGAUAUGUGAACCUUCAAACCUUGGAGUUCUUUAGUGGGGCUUAA